AAUUAUCUUAUAAAUGGAACCGUGCUUUGUCAUUGCCGCUGCCAUUUCUAUCUUCUGCCAUCAAAUGGAACUCUGCUACGAUCCCGCCGGCUAUGUGGGAUUGGAGUCUACGUUAUUCAUAAUGCUUUCCUUUGUGGCCAUAAACAAACUCGUUGGCAGCCGAAAUGCAGGCAAAACCCUGUGGGACAUGGCCGCAGAUGUCAUGCUCGCGUGCCUGACGAUGCAAUUCCUUCUAGUGACCGUGUGGUAUGUCAUCUUCUGUUCGCUGCAAACCAUUGUGGAGGCCGUGUUCAAUAGUGGCCGCCGCCUGUUGGGUGCCACACACAUUGAGCAGUUCAAAAAUAUGCAGCCGUACGUCCUGACCCUCAGUCUGCUCGCUGUGGAAAUGGUUGUGCUCUUCAAGUCCAUUCAGAUGGAUGGCCUUCAGAAGUUCUUCGGAGUGAUAGAUGAUCUAGCCUCAGAGAGUGUGCUCUCUAUUCUCGCCGAGCGAAAUGGCAGGAACGAAAGGCGAGAGCAGCGAGCUGCCAGACUGCUGGAGAGAGGCCCUUCCCUAUCGCAAGGAAGAUCCGUCUCUCGUGGACGACCGAGAACAAGGUCACGGGCUAGACGAUAGAUGCAGAUUUUAAUAACUUCAAAAUUAUAACGAAAUAUAUUUCAACUUUAA